ACUUGCAAAAGGGGAACUGUCGCCUCAGGAACCUCCUCGGUGUCAAUAUUCGAGGGGAGAGACGUGCGAAUCUACGGAGGGGACAUGCCUUACAUACUGAUCAGCACGCAGAUCCGACUGGAGAACGGCCCAACCAAUGUGGGAGAUGAGCAUUCUGAUCCAGCUGUCAUGAAUUACUUGGGAGCAAGGAAAACAACCAUGCUGGGAAAUCAUUUUUCCGAGUACCAAGUGGACGAGCCUCCUCGCCUGGUGUUGGACAAGCUAGAGAAGAUCGGCUACCGCAUGCUGACGAUGACGGGGGUGGGGCAGACGCUGGUGUGGUGCCUUCACAAGGAGAUAGAGUGACAAUAAGACAGGCAGACAUGGAAACAUGCUAAGGACCUUUAUUUUUUACUGCAGGAUUUUCAGUGCUGCCAAAUUAUCUAUCUAUCUAUCUAUCUAUCUAUCUAUCGAUCAAUCCAUCCAGCCAGCCUUGUAAGUGCGCGUGUCCUUAUUUCGGGUCGUGGAUGAGCUGGAGCCUGUCCUAGCUGGCGUGAGGCUGGAUACACCCCGGAAUGGUCGCCAGUCAAUCGCAGGCUGACAAAUUAUGAAACGAGGAAUAUGAUCCUAUAUGUAUCAUUUCUUCCAAUUUUGUUGUGGGUUUUUUUUGUCAUUAAUCAAUAUGUGAUGACCAAAUGUACAUUUAGGGAGUGUCAGGUACUUUUACUGUCUAUGGGUAUUGAAAUACAAACCUCCAAUGGAAACAUGUGAUGUGAUAUGAUGACCUCAGAGAGUGUCUGUUUAAUGAUAAUAUCCAACAUAACCCUGAUAUGUUCUCACGAUCAGAUGAGGAAAAGAUUAAGUGGCUGUUUGAUUUUGAUGUUAUUUCGAAAUGCAGAUUUUAUUUUUAAAGCUCGAAAAAGAAGACAAGAAAGACAUGACUUUGUGGCACUUCGGUCCUGGUGCUCGACUAUUUGAUUUUGUUGUUGUUUUAAAAGCCCCUAUGGGCUGGGUGUACAUUUGUAUGCAUGACAUAAUAAUAACAUUUCAUUCAUUGAUAUGAAACACUGUGCUUGAUGUGUUUAAAUUGACAGUAAUCUUGGCAAUGUUUUGCAGAAGUCUCAAAUGCUUAUGAUUAAAUGCCGGUACUUAUUACUAUUGGAAGUGGGCAAUAUGGGCUUAGUAUUAUAGAAAGAAAUACUGAGAUUUGUAUUCUGCUAAUUAAGCUAAAAUGAGAACACAAAACAUUGCUAAUUUAAGAUGUGGUAAAAAAAACUUUCUUAAAGAUCUGUUGUUACAGGCGGCAGGGUGGACCACUGGUUAGAGCGUCUGCCUCACAGUUCUGAGGAGCGGGGUUCAAUCCCCGGCCCCACCUGUGUGGAGUUUGCAUGUUCUCCCCGUGCCUGUGUGGGUUUUCUCCGGGCACUCCGGUUUCCUCCCACAUCCCAAAAACAUGCAUGGUAGGUAAAUUGACAACUCUAAAAUUGCCCGUAGGUGUGAAUGUUGAGUGCGAAUGGUUGUUUGUUUGUAUGUGCCCUGCGAUUGGCUGGCAACCAGUUCAGGGUGUACCCCGCCUCCUGCCCGAUGAUAGCUGGGAUAGGCUCCAGCACGCCUGCGACCCUCGUGAGGAGAAGCGACUCAGAAAAUGGAUGGAUGGAUGUUGUUACAGAACUAGAGCCGGGUGUUAAAAAAAAAAAUAGAAAAAGGAAAUGGCAAUGACAUCAUUCAAAACAAGUUUUUGUUUUGUUUUUUCCUUCUGCGAUUUGCUUCAAUUCUCCUAAAUACCAAACAAGCUUUGAAACAGUAUUUCCCUAUGGCAUUAAGUUGCAUUUUUGUUGUUUUUAUGUUUUUUGCAGAUCAUGUGCAAAUAUAAGUGCUGAAAAAUAUCCCUUUUUUUUUCAAAAUGUGUAUGUAAACAAUUUUAAAAAAUUUCAACAAGUAAACAUCAAACGUCAACGUA